AUCUAAAUAUUGAAAAAAUUAUUAUUAAAGAUUAAAAAUAGUAUAUAAAAACUCGUAAUGGUCUUUUAGUCUUCUAAGUCCACGUAAUUUUGUAAUAAUGAACACAUCAUUCGUUAUUAUCGCUAUUGUUAUCUCUGUGGCUGUAGCCUACAGCCCGGAAAUUAAGAAAAUUCCAAACGGUAAAAGCGGAUAUGGUACCACUACACGUUACUGGGACUGCUGUAAACCAUCGUGUUCUUGGAAAGAAAACAUCAACACUCCCGAUAUGACGCCUAUAGCCAGUUGCGCUGCUGAUGGCGUAACUAAAUUAGAUCCUUCCGUCCAAUCAGGUUGCGCUGGAGGAACAUCGUAUAUGUGUAACAACCAACAACCUUUUGCUGUUAACGAAACUCUUGGUUACGGUUUUGCUGCUGUUUCGUUCAGCGGAGGUGCCGAUACAAACUUAUGCUGUUCAUGUUAUUUAGUUAAAUUCCUCGAUCAAAUUCAAGACAAACAAUUAGUGUUGCAAUUCACCAACACUGGAGGUGAUCUGGGUGCUAAUCAAUUCGAUAUAGCUCUACCCGGAGGUGGUAUCGGAAUUUUCAACCAAGGUUGUCACGAUCAAUGGAAUGCCCCUUGGACCGGUUGGGGUGACCAAUACGGAGGAGUCCAUUCCAGAGAAGAAUGUCUAUCACUUUUACCAGAAGCUCUCCAAUCCGGUUGUUUGUUCAGAUUCGAUUUUAUGAAUAACGCCAACAACCCACAAAUUCAAUUCGACCAAGUCGAAUGUCCCGACGAACUCGUUGCUAUAAGUGGUUGUAAUCUAGCUCCUUGAAUAAUUGCUAAAUAAAUUUCGUUUAAACUAUCA